AUGCCAGGAGACAAUCAUGCCGACCGCAACGGCACAGAAGCGUACUUCGGCAACGCAACCGUUGACGAAAGCGGCAAUUUUGUUCUGAUUGAUCCCUUUCGAAAGACUCAGCUUGCGUCGUACUCCCUAAAACCAAAGGUGGUGCCCAACUAUGUGUUGGCCAAGAUGGCCCAGGCGCAUCAGCGGGAGCAGUCACAACGGGGCACGAAUUCUGAUUUGGUUUCGCCUGAAUUGCGCUCGAACUCCACUACCUCUAGUGACAAAAAAGAGGAAUAUACAUCGUUUAUGAAUGAUCCCUUCAACAGAACAUUGAACCAUGGCUACCAUGAUUUGCUACUGGCAGUCAAACAGCCCAGCGAGUUCACUCUGGACCAAUUAUCUCUCGACCAGUCUUUGAGUCAAUCGCCAAUUUCUGACAGCCCGUGGGGUGGAGACGAUAGACUACGACAAGCAAUUAUGGGCACAAGUGCCGGCGAUAAUCUGACCGGCGCAGAGAAUAAGGGCGGCUUCUUUUCUCGCUUAUUUCUAUCAAAACGUAAGCAUGCAGACGACACACCCAGAGUAAGAAGCAAGGCAGGAUAUUGGAUGCUGGAUGAGAAACGAAAAGACUUGGCGCCUACACUCCAGAGAAUAUUUGUUCAGAAUCCCUUGGUGCCGCUUUUGCUACGAAUCAUGAUGCUCGUUUUCUCCACAUGUUCCUUGGCGCUAGCCAUUAACAUCUUUGUCAACCUGAGGAAGGAGUAUGACAACGUUCCAGUCCUGCAACAGCCCGGUACAGUCUUCGCGAUUGUUGUACAAAGCUUUGCUAUAAUAUACAUUGUAUAUGUUGCGUAUGACGAAUACUCGGGGAAACCGUUGGGACUCCGCGAUCCAUUGGGGAAGUUGAAGCUCAUCAUGUUGGAUGUGUUCUUCAUUAUUUUCUGCUCUGCAAACCUCUCUCUUGCAUUCCAUUCUUUGUUUGAUACAGAGUGGGUUUGCAUGGCUCAACCGGAGCUGGGUCUGAGCAUUCACACACUCACAGUCGGGUUCUUGUGCCGCCGCCAACGAGCCUUGGUAUUUUUCCUUCUGUUGAUUGUUUUCUUGUGGCUUCUUACGUUCGCAAUCUCUAUCAUUAGAGUCGUAGACAGGGUCAGUUCUGGGCCACGCUCAGGAUGA